AGGGCUAAAAUAGAACUUGGCGAUGUGACCCAGCACAAUAUUAAACAAUUAAAAUUACUUAAUCAAGUAGUGUUUCCAGUAUCAUACAAUGAAAAAUUUUAUAAGGAUGUCUUGGAGGCUGGUGAACUUGCCAAGUUAGCUUAUUACAAUGACAUUGUGGUCGGAGCAGUUUGCUGUAGAGUUGACACAUCAGAAAAUUCACGAAGGUUGUACAUAAUGACGUUAGGAUGUCUGUCACCCUACAGAAGGCUUGGUAUUGGCACAGUUAUGGUACAACAUGUAUUAAAUUAUGUACACAAAGACGGGAAUUUCGAUUCAAUAUUUCUGCAUGUUCAAGUAAACAACGAAGGAGCAAUUGAUUUCUAUAAAAAAUUUGGCUUUGAAAUCGUUGAAACAAAACAACAUUAUUAUAAAAGAAUUGAACCUGCUGACGCACAUGUGCUUCAAAAAACCCUACGCCCACAAAUUAAUUCAAAUCAUCAAAUUUCAACCUAA